AUGGCAGAGCUGUUUUUGGAAAAUAUAACUGAAGAGAUUAGGGGUCAUAUUUAUCCCGGAAAACUUCGUUUAAAGCCUACAGAUCUCAUGUUCAAAAACGAAAUCACUGGGAAGGUCGCUCAUUUCUCAAGCAGUGAUAUUUCAUCGGCCAACUGGAUUUUUCGAGCCUCUGGUCUUUGUUUGCGGCUAAAACUCAAAAAUGAAAACGUUCAUCGUUACGACGGAUUCGGGGAAAUAGAAUCUGAGAAAGUUACAUCCUUUUUUAAGAAAAACUAUGGUGUUGAGAUAGCAAAGCGUGAGCUCUGCUACAAAGGCUUCAACUGGGGUGAUGUUGUCUUUGAGGGCAAUGUUAUGGAGUUUGCAUACAAAAAUGCACUCACCUUUGAUGUGCCGCUAUCUAACAUUUCAAAUGCAGCUGCAAAUAAAAAUGAGGUUAUAUUCGAAUUCCAUCCUAAUGACGAUGCUGAAAUAUGUCUUUCCGAAAUGAGGUUUCACACUCCGAGUACAGAAUCUGACAAAGAUGGUGCGGCCACUGCAAUAUAUUCUCAUGUCAUGCAAAAAGCCGACAUAAUCCAGGUCACUGGCGAUUCUUUGGUGGAGUUUAAGGAUAUUUCAUACCUUCAGCCACGUGGUAGAUAUGAUGUUAAACUCUACAAUUCCUUCUUACAUCUUCAUGGCAAGUCCUUCGACUACAAAAUCCCCAAGAGCACCAUCAUUCGAUUGCUUUUGCUCCCACAUCCCGACAAUCGGCAGGUUUUCUUUGCGGCUCAAGUUGAUCCUCCUCUCAAACAUGGUCAAACACGUUAUCAUAUAAUUGUCAUGGUUUUCGAGAAAGAUAAGCACAUUGAUAUCGAGCUCAGUGUUUCUGAGGAGUACCUUCAGAAGAAUUAUGAGGGGAAGCUCACUCAGGUUAUGGUCGGGCCUGAAUAUGACUUAUUCGCUCGGCUUUGUAAGACACUCUACAGCCAAAAAAUAACAGUGCCAGGAUCGUUUAAGGCAAAAAGUGGUGGUUCGGCUGUUGCAUGCAGCUACAAGACGUAUGUCGGUCUUCUUUACCCACUGGAACGAGGUUUUAUUUUUGUUCCUCGACCCCCAGUUUCCAUCCGAUUUGAUGAGGUCGUCAGUGUUAACUUUUCUCGUGGUACUGGGGCUUUACGUUCAUUCGAUUUUGAGGUCGAAACCAAGAUGGGUGUCACACACACCUUUGUCUCGAUUGAGCGUGACGAGUACCACAAAUUGUAUGACUACGUAAGUGAGAAGCGCCUGCGUGUGAAGAACAUUGAGGAUAAUGAUGCAGUGUGGCGGGAGAAGCUGGAAGAUAUAUGGUCCUCCUCCGAUGAGUCACACGACGCUUAUUUGGAUAAAGUGAAGGCGGAGGGUCGUGAACGCACUGCCGAGGCUGCAGCGGGUACUUUUGCGGGUGCCAACUUCUCCGACGACGAUGACGAUGACGAAGACUUUAAUCCAACAGAGAUGGGCUCAAGCGAAUCAGACAUCGCCGAAGAAUACGACAGUAACGCCCAGUCUUCAAGUGACUCAGACUCCUCUUCUACUGCUGGGAGCAUCCCUGCUAGCAGCGCCUCAUCAUCCUCUGCUUCUACUCCGCGUCAGAAGAAGGUCAAGAAGGCGGCCCCUCCACCUCGACAGACUGAUAAGAAGGAACGCAAAAAGGUAUCAAAGAAGGAUCCAAAUGCACCUUCUCGACCACCGACAGCCUAUUUUCUCUGGUUCAGUGAGCACAGGCAGGACAUAAAGCUGAGUUUGGGUGGUUCCGUUGGUGUCGCUGAAGUUGCCAAAGCGGCGGGAGAAAAAUGGAAGAUGUUAAGUGCGGAUGAGAAAGCUAAGUACCAGUCGGAGGCCGACAAGUUAAAGGAGCAGUACGAUCGAGAUAUGAAAGUGUACAAGGCGAAGAUCGCAUCUGGGGAGUUGGAAGAACCGGUAAAGAGUAGUGCUAAAAAGACCAAGACCCCGCCCAUAAAGGCGCAAAAGAAACCGGUGACGGCAGGAGCAAGCACCUUGCAAAGUGGUGGAGGGGGGACCUUCAAAAGUGCGGAGUACGUAUCAGAUUCGGAAUCCUCCUCUUCUGUUUCUGUCACAGAGAAGGCAGGUCGUCGGGGAGAUGAUAGUCGCGGUAGUGGAAGCGGGACUGAUCUGAGUGAUUAA